UGUUGUUAAACAACAAAAUUAACAUAUGAAUUGAAUGAAAAUUCUGCACUAAUUUCUAAUUUAGUGAAAAAAAUUUAACAAAAAAAAUUGUGUUCAAGUGAAAAUUAAAAAGAAAAUGUCAUUUACUUCACGUCUCUGUCGUGUUAUAAAUUCCUCUACACACGUGCAACGUUAUGCAACGCGCAACAUUAUUGGCAGCACACAGGCAGCAUGGUCUUUGCGCUGGAACAAAAAUCUGGGAAGAAAUAUCCAACAAUUUGCACGUUGCAUGAGUACGGAGUCAACUGCAUCCGCGAAUGUUGAAGACCAAGGACGUUUCCACACUAUUAUCAGGCAAACUGAAAAGCCGGUCGGUGAUGCUGAUAAGCAUGAAUUUCAAGCUGAGACGCGUAUGUUGCUGGACAUUGUCGCGCGUUCCCUAUAUUCCGAAAAUGAAGUAUUUGUUCGGGAAUUAAUUUCGAACGCUAGUGAUGCAUUGGAGAAAUUUCGUUACACUGUCCAUACCGCUGGCGAAAAUGAGAAAAACUUUGAAGGUACAGAUCGGCCGUUAGAAAUACAUAUUGCUACUGAUAAACAGUCAAUGCAAUUAACGAUACAGGACACAGGUAUUGGCAUGACUCGCGAGGAGCUUAUCAAUAAUCUCGGUAUGAUUGCACGCAGCGGCUCAAAAAAAUUCUUGGAACAGGUUAAAGAAGCAGGUGGAGGUGUCGAAAACUCCUCGAAUAUUAUUGGACAAUUUGGUGUUGGUUUUUAUUCCGCCUUUAUGGUAGCUGAUAAAGUGGAAGUGUUUACUAAAUCUUCGAAAGUAGAUUCACAGGGAUUACGCUGGGCGUCUGAUGGAUCUGGUUCAUAUGAAAUUCAGGAAGCUGAUGGUGUAGCGCAUGGCACUAAAAUUGUUAUACAUUUAAAAACAGAAUGUAGAGAAUAUGCAGAUGAGGAUCGUAUUAGAGCGGUGAUCAAGAAAUAUAGUAACUUUGUUGGUUCACCAAUAUUUUUGAAUGGUAAACGCGCUAAUGAUAUUCAGCCCUUAUGGUUAAUGGAACCGAAAGAUGUGUCACAAGAGCAGCAUAAUGAGUUCUAUAGAUUCAUUGGCAACACUUUUGAUACACCACGUUUCGUAUUGCAUUACAAGACUGAUGUGCCGCUCAGCAUUCGUGCUUUACUCUAUUUCCCCGAAGGUAAACCCGGUUUAUUCGAUAUGACACGUGACGCUAAUGUGGGUGUGGCUUUAUAUACGCGAAAGGUUUUAAUACAAUCUAAAACAGAAAAUCUGGUGCCCAAAUGGCUACGAUUUAUUAAAGGCGUUGUGGACUCGGAAGAUAUACCCUUAAAUUUAAGUCGCGAACUGCUUCAGAAUAGCGCUUUAAUCAAAAAGCUGUCCAAUGUGCUUGCAACUCGUGUACUGCGUUUCCUGCAGGAACGUGCGAAAAAGCAGCCUGAAGAGUAUGCUGCUUUUUAUAAGGAUUAUGGCCUAUUCCUCAAGGAGGGCAUUGUUACGUCAAACGAUCACAAUGAAAAGGAAAGCAUUGCCAAACUUUUGCGUUUCGAUUCGUCAAAGAAUGCGGAUGGCAAUCGUAUAUCUCUCUUAGAUUAUUGCACAAAUGUUGGUGAACAAAAGGACAUCUACUAUUUAGCUGCGCCAAAUCGUGUACUAGCGGAAUCCUCUCCUUAUUACGAAAGCUUGAAGAAACGAGGCGUUGAAGUUUUAUUCUGCUACGAACCCUAUGAUGAGCUUGUCCUCAUGCAAUUGGGUACAUUCCAAGGUAAAAAACUAGUUUCUGUUGAAAAGGAAAUGCGUGAGGAUGAUGCAGGUGAAAAGGUAACAGACUAUGGCGAAGGCAGUUUAUUACGUUCGCAGAUCGACGAACUCUUACCCUGGAUACGAGAGAAACUUAGUGGCAAAGUGGUGAAUGUUAAGGUGACGACUCGCCUUGACACACAUCCUUGUGUGAUUACGGUAGAAGAAAUGGCGGCAGCGCGACAUUUCAUUCGCACACAGAGUCAUCAAUUGCCCGAAGAAAAUCGUUUUGCAUUGCUGCAGCCCCAAUUAGAGAUAAAUCCUAAGCAUGAAAUUAUUAAGAAAUUGAAUAAGUUGCGCACAAGUGAUCCUGAGCUUGCGGAGUUGGUUACACAACAGCUUUUUGCGAACGCUAUGGUCGGCGCUGGACUCGCCGAGGACCCGCGUACGCUUCUGCUGACAAUGAACGAAUUGUUGACGAAAGCUUUGGAGAAGCAUUAGAAAACUAUUAUUUAAAAAUUAAAUAAGAUUUAUGUAUAUUUUUUUGAAUUGAGCAAAAUUACUUCCGUUUUUCGUUUGCUGUGUGAAUGUACAAAAACAUGAAAUAAUUAACUUAAUACUACACAUAUUAUUUUAAUUGUAAAAAUAAAAAUAAGAAAUGCAAAUGAAAAAGAAAUACAAAAGCAUUUAGCUGUUUAGAUUUACGCAGUCACAAAACAUACUAUACUCCUUUUGAUUUUUUAAUAAUAUUCACUUACAAUAACACUUUGUAAGCCGCUAUAAAAUAAGUUUCAGUAGGUUUUGAAAUUUUGUUUCUUUUCGAUCAGUUAAAUAAAAUCGUUUUGAGAUUUUGAUGAUAAGUUUCUGUUCUAACUAAAAUAUCGAAUUAUUUCAUAAUAAUGGAACCACCUAAAGACAAAUGGAAUAUUGUGCUACUCAUAUUUAUUAUACAUGGCAUUGGAACAUUGAUGCCAUGGAAUAUGUUUAUAACGGCAAAGAGUUAUUUCGUUGAUUUGAAAUUAAGCGGAAAUUCAAAUUCAACAAGUGCUUCAAAUUAUGCAGCGAAUUUCUUACAAUAUCAUGGAUUUGCGUCUCAAAUUCCCAAUGUGGUAUUUAAUUGGCUCAAUGUGUUUUUAAAUUUGGGUGGAAAUUUAACGACACGAAUGGCGAUUAGUAUAUUAGUGGAGCUGUGUAUAUUUGUGGUUACAGUUAUUAUGGCCAUGAUUGACUCUUCGAAUUGGCCCGGAGCCUUUUUUUGGAUAACAAUGAUCACAGUAGUCGUCUUAAAUAUGGCUAGCGCUGUUUACCAAAAUACUAUAUUUGGGAUGGUCGCUACAUUUCCCUUUAGAUAUACUGGCGCGGUUAUAUUGGGAUGCAACAUUUGCGGCCUCUUUGUAUCUUUAAUAAGUAUUGGGAGUAAUUAUAUAUUUUCUACAAUUAGAAUUGCUGCCAUUUAUUACUUCAUAACGGCGAUGUUGCUUUUGUUAUUUUGUUUUGAUACAUUCUUCGCAAUACCGCUAAACAAAUUUUUCAUAUAUAAUCAACUUUCUCGAAAAACUGAAGGCAGUGAAAAUGUGAAAACUUCGGAAAUACCUUAUUGGACUAUCUUUAAGACAGCAUCUAUGCAGCUGUUUAAUGUAUUCAUAAUAUUCUUUGUAACCCUAGCGGUUUUUCCUGCCGUAAACUCUGACAUCAAGGCAUCUUCAUCAGAUUUUUUCAUAAAGGAUCCUAUUAUGUAUAUACAAAUUACCUGCUUUUUAACAUUCAAUUUAUUUGCGAUGCUUGGAAGUUUGACUUCAUAUUGGAUUCAAUGGCCUGGGCCGAAAUAUUUGGUCAUACCAGUUACCUUGCGAUUGGUUUUUAUACCGUUAUUCCUGUUUUGCAAUUAUUUACCACUAAACGUCGAGAGAAAACUGCCAGUUAUUAUAAACAAUGAUUGGAUUUACUGGAUUAUUGGUGUUUUAAUGGCAUACACUUCCGGAUAUUACAGUGCUCUGGCGAUGAUGUAUGCACCACAGACAGUUGAACAAAACAACCAGGUCAAAGCUGGAAUGUUCGCCGGUGCGAUGCUCAUAAGUGGGAUUUUUUGUGGAAUUUUGUUUUCAUUCAUAACUCCCUACUUAGUCUAAUAUGAAAUAAAUUGAGAUCUACAUCAUGUAUUAACUUUUUACGGAAAUUAAAAAUUUACAGUUACGAACCUAGAUUUCCGGCCUAUACUAAUAUAUGUACUUAUAUAUAUACUAAUUGUCCAUAGCAAAGAUAAAAUCUAAAAAAUAAAGUAUGUGGUUUUAUUUUAAAUCUGUUAAAUUUAUUUUAAUUAAAUGCAAAAUUACGAGAUACCAUAGUUAUUAAAAAAAUUCGUAUUGCAACCCUGUUUCACGUGAGUAGUCAUUAUAGAUUAAAAAGCAAAGUGUGGCAUAGCGCCUACUCGCUCUGCUGGCGAGAGAAUAAAAAUGUACGAAAUACCUCUCACGUGCUUCACCACUUGCACGCUCUUUAUUACACUUAGCAUGUGAAUGUGUACGCAAUACCCCUCUUAUCCUCACUAUUUCUAUCAAGAAUAUAAACUACUUUCCAUGUAAUAAGCUCAAAUUCAAGCAAGUAUUUGAAUGAUUACUUUUUUAUAGUUUUCCUUUGUUAGUUUGGCUUUCGGUGCUUACGUUUUAUAGGUAUAUUGUUCAAAAGCUGAAUAUACUAUGGUCACGCGCAGUUUGAAGGGAAAAUUUUUAGUGUUACACACACACUACUGUAUCUCGUUAAAUGCGCGUGUGACAUUUUCUCCUUUUCAGCGCACCCUUGCCCCAACCUUCUGAAUGAUUUGGUCAUAUGACCGCUAGUUUAAUCAUGCAUAUGCAACAACUAUAAUCUUAUACCCGUGCUAUAACAUUUGUGUGAGUAGUUUGGCUAUAUAUUAACUGUUCCCAGCGAAAGUGACAACUGGUAUAUAAUUGAAAAACCAGCAAGCACUACGAGUUGAACAACUCAACAGCGGAGUUUAGCGUUCAGUGAAGAAAUUGAAAUCACUCACAGUGUUGUCAGCGACCGAACCGACCAGUGCUUGUUCGAACUCCUACGCUCUAGCAGCAAGUUACCAGUCAAGACCCAAGAAAGGCCUAAAGCUAACCACAAGUUAGUCAA